AUGGCAGAACCAAUUGUUGAAGAGCCAAAGGUGAUUGAGGAACCAAAGACGGCUGAAGUGCCAGAUAAGGCACCUAAGGAUGAUAGAAUAGGAGUAUGCCACAUUCUGAGCACCAAGAAUGCAACAUUCAUCCAUGUGACUGAUCUGACUGGUAGAACCACAUAUGCCAAAUUCACUGGUGGAAUGAAAGUGAAGUCUAAGAAGGACGAGGGAUCACCAUAUGCUGCAAUUCAGGCAGCACAGGAUGCAGCAAACAAGGCCAUUGCAUGUGGAAUAACAAGAUGCCACAUUAAACUAAGAGGAAGGGGUGGUCUGAAGCGUAGGCAUCCUGGUGCUGGAGCACAGGCUGCAAUCAGGACGUUUGUUGCAACAGAAGGAAUGAGAGUUGGACGAAUUAUCGUAGCAACACCAAUUCCACACGAUACGUGUAGGAGAAAGGGAGGACACAGAGGAAGAAGGUGCUAA